AUGAACCACACGUCCCAACCCCUCUUCAAUGGUGCCCACGGUGGGAUCCCCCCGAGCUAUGAGAUGCUCAAGGAGGAGCACGAGGUGAGCGUGCUGGGGGCUCCGAGCCAGGCCCCCGUGACGACCACGGUGAUCAACAUCCGCAGCGAGACCUCGGUGCCCGACCACAUCGUCUGGUCCCUGUUCAACACGAUCUUCAUGAACUGGUGCUGCCUGGGCUUCGUGGCAUUCGCCUACUCCGUGAAGUCUAGGGACCGGAAGAUGGUGGGCGAUGUCACUGGGGCUCAGAGCUAUGCCUCCACCGCCAAGUGCCUGAACAUCUGCGCCCUGGUCCUGGGCAUCCUUCUGAUCACCGUCUUCAUCGUUAUUUUAGCCACUGGCUCCCUGAUGGUUUUUCAAGCAGCUUCCCAGCUCGUAAAGGAUAAUGGAGGCUACUAG